AUGGCCUCUUCUCGUGUCAUCGCCUCUCGCCUGGCCUCCCAGAUGGCCAUCAAGGCCGCUCGCCCUGCUGUCCGCGCCCCCGUCGCUGCUGCCAGCAAGCGAACCAUCUCUGGUAAGUUUUUGAUGCGGCAAAAUUUUUCUUCGAGCUCAAUUGAGCUCGGUGCCGAACCCGACUCGAUCGAACUUCGCCCAUCACGAUCAAUGAACAAUUCGCUCACAAUCGAUUAA